AACACAUAGAUAUAAUUUUUUUCCUCAUGUUGUUAAUGUGUUAAUGUUUGUAAACUCAAUAUGUUCAUAAAUGAUCUACCAAAAAAUGAAUAUUAUGGCUUUCAAAUUUUCAUAUAUCAUCUUUCGGCCACCUGUUAACUUUUUCAGUGUUAAACAAUCAAAAGGUGGCCUUAAUGAAGAACCUGCGAAAAAGAUUAAAAGAGAUUUGGUUCCAAAGAGUCUGGAUGAGGUAGAGGAGAGAGAUGUGACUAUUCAAGUCCCUGAAGAACUUGAUAUACAGUUGCUAAGACCCGAAUUUGACGAUCUAAGGGAACGCAUAGCCAGAAUAUCUAAACGAAGCAAAAAUUGUAUGCAGAGUGGUAAAUUCAAUUUGAAUCAAUGGCGUCUAAUGUUUGAUAAUAAAGAACGAUGGGAAAAUCCUUGUAUAGGGUAUUGCUCGUCUGGUGAUCCAAUUUCAAAUUUAGUGCUACAAUUUUCAAAUAAAAAAGAAGGUAUUAAUUUUUGUAAAAAGAAUAAUUGGAAAUUUUUCACUAGCGAAGCACCUACUAAAACCAAGCCCAAGAUAAGAGGAUAUGGAGAUAAUUUUUCAUACAACAAACGCACCAGAGUUAGUACAAAAUAAGCUCGAAUGAACUAAAUCAUCUUUCACAUGUGUAUUAUUAACAAGGUAAUAAAAUCCUGAUACAA